UUUGUUCACCGGGAAAGUCCGAUAGGACAGAGCCAGUUCUCAAGGGAAGGUCUGGUGAUAAAGGGUCGAUGCAUGUUUUUGUACUGUGAAAGGAAUCCGGAGCACCAGAGGAAACGCAGAGGGUAUGCAAACUUCGCAGGCGCCCCAGCUGAGACUCGAACCGGAGAUUCCUUUUCUGUGAGAUCAUGCACCAUUUACCUUUAAUAAAUGAAACUGAAACAAAAACGAGAUGAGCUGUGAACUGAAUUACUAAACAGCGCUACACGAGAAGUAAGAAAAACUUUAAACUUUUCGUCUUUUCAUUUGAACUAAAAGGCUCUUGAUGGAUCAAGUAACUGAAGGCAGUCAUAUGUUCAGCGUCCCUUUGCCCAGACAGAAUCGUGUUUGCCUGAUACCGGUCAUUUUGCCAAAUGUCAGCACUCCCUGUUCCACUGCAAGUCGCCUGCCAGCAGGGAGAAAAAGGGCCUCUCCACAGGAGAGCACGGAACCCAAAGUGCCCAUGUAUCAGUAUGUCCUGCCAUGUACAUCACCUGUUCCGUUCAAAAGCAACUCUUCGGACAAUAAAGUGGUGAUUAAAGUACUUGUGGAGAGCACCAGUACACCUACCCAAGCACAGAUUCUGCCCCAGAUAGAUGAUUCUAGUCUGGGGCAACCACAUGAAAUUCUAGACUUAUCUCUUUUGAGAGAGGAAAUUACUGUUGAAUAUCCAUGGAUGAACCAAGCACGUUCUCACAUACACCAGAAAGAUGACAUAAGAAUAUGUGAUGUAUUUCUUCUGGGUGGCUGCAGCAGAGUCUAUGCCUGUCCCUUCCACCAUACACCAUUACCUUACCACUGGCAGAUGAGACGAAGAGAUACAAAAUACUGGAUUAGCAUGGGAGGUUUGUGUCAAGAGCAGCUGGAGAGAUUAUACUGCAAUGUGAAGAACGAAUUUGUGACUCUAAAGGCUGGUGACAGGGUGACUUCACUGAACCUUCAGACCCUGUGGCUGACUGACAAUCUAUUUCAAUAUGACAAGGUUCGGCGCCUCUCUAACACCACGGAUGAUGAAAUUAACCCUUACUUUCCUACCACAUGGCUUUUGUUCUGGGAAGAGAUGGGAGAAUGGAAGCCGUAUGAUGAGCCACUUGCGACUGAACUAAAUGCAGCCUUUGAAAAGGGAAUGUGGAAUCAUGCAUUUGUGGCAAAUGGCAAGAAUUACAACAUCAAUUUGAAGGGAUUCAUCCAGAGAAACAUCACAACUGGUUAUUGUCGCUACAUUCGUCGACGACCAAUCUUCCGGUCAGAAAUGGACAUGCAUCCUUACUUAAAAACAAUAACUGAUAACUACAUGGCUUCUCCAAGUGAUCCAUGCCCAGAGGUCUCCUCAGCAGAUCCCUUUGCUCCAUCUAUCAGUGAAUAUCCACCCACUUGGGUGGCUACUCCUGCAGAGAUCCCUUAUACUCAAAUCUUAGUACUGAGGUCAGAAGUAUCAUACAGAAAGAUUUACCACAAGUUCUUUGAAACUAUGUCAGAGUCAGAGGUGAUGGUUGAAGCUAUUUACAAAAUUCAAAAUGACUUCCUUUGGAAUAAGUACAGCAGCCAAAAGAAAUUCAUGGCUCGGAACUUGAAAGGUGAGGAAACAUCCCAGCUUGAGAAACACUUGUUCCACGGAACCACUGAAAACUCUGUGACAGCCAUAUAUAAACUGAACUUUGACCCCCGUGUGUCAGGAAAGAAUGGCACACACUACGGAGAUGGAACAUAUUUUGCUCAAAAUGCACAGUACUCCAAUACCUAUGCAAUACCAUCGAACAAUGGCUGUCGUUACAUGUUCCUGGCAAAGGUUCUGGUGGGAAAGUAUGCCCGAGGCUUCUCAUCAUACCGUCGCCCACCACCUCUGCAGUCAUCUUGCCCUGACAGUAGCCUCUAUGACUCUUGUGUAGACAAUGUCAUAAACCCCACAAUCUUUGUUAUCUUUGACAGCUGUCAGUGCUACCCACACUUUCUAAUUAAGUACAGAAACUUAACAAAUCAGGUGCAACUGGACAGUUAGAAAUUGAGUGACGCAGAGCAGAAACCAAGAAAAAUAUAAGUGCAGCAGGCAUAAAAGUGCAUCGUAUUUUCAACUACUAGAGUGAUAUUGGAAAAAAAGUAAAUUAUUAUAUUUUUAUUACUUCUGUUCUACUUUCUUCUUGUUUAUAUAAGUAUCUGUUGAUGCCACAAUCACUCCUGAACCUCUCCAUUCCUCUUAUCCUGUUAUGUACACACUGCAAGCUGCAAAGUUCUUAAGAGACUCCUAUGUACCUGGCAUUAGAUGGUACAAUGUUCAUACCAGGAUACCACAAGACAUUUGCAUAACACUCAUUUGUGAAACAUGACUGAAACCCACCUCCCAAAAAUAUUUGCAUGACUGAAAUCCACCUCCCAAAAAUAUCUGUCUCCACUUUGCAAGCAACCAAAUUAUCCCUCUGGAUCACCUUGGUAUCAGAACUGGUGGCAGGUGUGUGCUUCCAUCUCCGUUAGAAAAUGUAACCACUUUAUUGAUAACUGACAGUUUUGGCUCAGGCUAGCUUACUGCAGACAAAUCCUUAAACCAUAACUCCAUGCUGUUCUUUUCUUGGAUUUUUCGAGUUUCUUAAAGACUUAUCACAAAUAGAAAUAACAGCUUAAUAUUCAAAGACUAAUUUUUUAGUCCACAGCAUUUUCCAAUGGCUCCCAUGUCUGUGACCAUUUGGCUCAUUCAUUAUUCUCAGUAUUAUGAGCCAGGCUUCAUCAGCAGGGCAACAAACCCAAUAUCCAAACCAAAAAAACUAUCAGUUAACAGGUCUUGCUCCUAAUCCCAUUGAGUGGAAUGCAGUAACCUUUUCUUGGUCAGUAAACACUAACAGCUGUCCUGUACUGCAUCAGAAAACAUCUAUGCCACCUGCAAUGUACUUCUAUGCAUUGAUUUGGUUCAGUUCUGCCAAACUCCUGGCACAAAGUCUUCUGCUGCUGUUCUAAUGCAAUGUGUUCAAAUUAUUUUUUCUUUCCUUCUGAAGGGCUAAUGGGGAAAUGUGAAUGACUACAGAACUGCUGAUAAAUGCUUAAACAAAGGGACAGUGCAUGGGCUUUCUGGAAAUAAAUCCUUUGGAGUGAUGACCACAUCUAGUAUAUUAGCCAUCACAGUCAAGAAAAAAAAGCCAUUAGACUACAGAAGGCAAUGUAUUUGCAUCAUAAUCUAUAUCGUCCUGUUGUGCAAAUAAGUUAAGAUAUGAAGUAAGCAAAAAGAAAAAUCCAUGGUAUCCCUUCAAGUCCAGAAAACCCAGUAUGCAAGCUAUACUUGGUCAAAAACAAACCAAGCAGAAACUUUGCAGUGUGGAGGGUGUGAAGUUCAUUAUCUGAAAUAUGUUAUGCACCGAGUUCACUAAAAAAAAAAUCGAACUUUAAAAUGCACGCUACAAAAUAAUAAAAUAAUAGGUAGUCCAUAGUUGAGUUAAGAAUGGAAUAUCCUUUAUUGAAACAAACAAACAAGCGAUCCUAGUUGAGUGUAAUGAAAAGCAUUAAAGAUAUUCAUUCAUUUUUAUAUAAUCAGGGUAUUUAGAGCAAGGGACUGGUUACAGAGGAUGGUUCUGCUAAGAGUAAUUAAAGCAUUAAACUCAUUCCUUUAUCCAAGUUGGCCUUCCCCCUUAGCACCGUAGUGUAAACUGUGACUGUGCUACCUUAGAACUGAAAAUUAAAAUCUAGAGACAAAUUAAAAUAUGCAAUAUAAGAGCAGCUUAUUAAGGCUAAGCUACUAUUAAGCUACUAAUACAAAAUGCAUUAAUUAAGAAACUCACUGACAGUAUGACCAAUUAACAAACAAAUUGAUUUACCACCUUUUUGUUAAUCAUUUUGUUAGUGAGUUAGUUUCUUAAUUAAUGAAGUUUGGGUUACUAGGUUAGUCUUAAUAAGCUGCUCUUAUAUAUUUUAUUAUUUUGUAGUAUGUAUUUUAAAGUUCAGAUUUUAUUACUGAACUAGGAGCAGAACACAUUUCAAGGAGUGAACAUCACACCUUCCGCACUGCGAAGAUAUGAAAUAAACUGACAGGCCGAACUAAAGCUUCUUGUAAUUCUGUCUCAUUUAGCCCAGACGUCUUCAGUUCAGAAUUCUGGAAUCUUCCACACAUGCCCAGUACUUCAUCCAACAUACUACCUGCUAGACAAUAUGAGCCUUAUACAUCACCUAACCGAGGAGUAUAUCCAGGAAAUAAACUCCUAGAAUCGUUACCAAAACACAGCAGUUCGUGUGGUAAUGAUAUCCGUCCAUGAUUUGUCUAAAUAUGUAACAACCACAUUGUACACCAAUUUUGCUACAUCUUCAACCUCUUGUAACAUACCAUAAUCCCAAUCCCUUAAUGCACAGCACCAGCGAUUACCUCUAACUGCAAGCCCAUUUCACUACUGCCCCACCUCCAACUACAGGCCUAUUUCACUGGGGCCCCAUCUCCAACUCCAAGCCCAUUUCACUGCUGCUCCACCUCUAACUACAGGCCCAUUUCACUGCUGCCCCACCUAAAACUACAGGCCCAUUUUACUGCUGCCCCAACUCCCACUACAGGCCCAUUUUACUGCUGUCCCACUUCCAACUACAGGCCCAUUUUACUACUACCCCACCUCCAGCCACAGGCCCAUUUCACUGCAGCUCCAUCUCCAACUAAAGGCCUUUUUCACUGCUACCCCACCUCCAACUAAAGGCCCAUUUCACUACUGCCCCACCUGCAACUACAAACCCAUUUCACUGCUGCCCCACCUCAAAGUGCAGGCCAGUUUCACUCCUGCCGCACAUCAUUAAACUGCUUGAUAAAGAAGUGCCCAUUAUGUGUAUGCGAAUAAUAUUCUGUCCCUGCACCAGCAUGGCUUUGUGACAGAGAAACAGAUGUUUCUCUAGUCUUUAUUGAUGACCUUCUUUCAUACAUGUUAUGUUAAUCCAACAUUUCUAGUAAAUUCCUGUGUUUCCUCCACCUUUGGAACAUUCACUAACAAAUGAUUUCAGAGCGAACAUUUAGCGUGUAUGCCAGCAGGACCUUCUCUCCCCAACAACCAUUUUAUCAAGGGUACCUUAAAGGCUCAGCACUCAGCUCUGUGCUUUUUCCUCUAUUCAUAAGCCAUCUACUCACUGAUCUCUACCACUGAAACAUUAUUUUUUGCACCGACAACUUGAUAAUGCACAAAUGUGCUUCUUAUUGUCCUAACAAAUUUACAGACAGGCCUGAGCAGUCUCUCACAGCAGUAUCACUGUCCUAACAAACCUACAGAUGGGCCUGAGCUGUCUGUCACAGUUGUAUCACUGACCUAAGAAGCCUACAGAAGGGCACAGUAGUAUCACUGUCCUAACAGACCUACAGACAGACCUGAGCUGUCUGUCACAGUGGUAUCACUGACCUAACAAGCCUACAGAAGGGUACAGUGAUAUCACUGUCCUAACAGACCUACAGACAGGCCUGAUCUGUCUGUCACAGUGGUAUCACUGACGUAACAAGCCUACAGAAGGGCACGGUGGUAUCACUGUCCUAACAAACCUAAAGACAGGCCUGAGCUGCCUGUCACAGUCGUAUCACUGACGUAAGAAACCUACAGAAAGGCCUGAGCUGUCUGUCACAGUGGUAUCACUGACCUAACAGGCCUACAGAAGGGCACAGUGGUAUCACUGUCCUAACAGACUUACAGACAGGCCUUUGCUGUCUGUCACAGUGGUAUCACUGACCUAACAGGCCUCUCUCACAGUGGUAUCACUGUCCUAACAAACAGGGGUGGGAGGUUGGCAAAAUGGUUAAGGCGUUCACCUUGCAGACACAAGGUGCAGGGUUUGAUUCUCACAUGUGGUAACUGGCUAGACUUAAAAUGGCCCACAAGGGCAGUUAGCCUAGUACAAAUCUAUGAACCUAUGAACCUAAACCUACUGAAAGGCCUGAGCAGUCUCUCUCACAGUGGUAUCACUGUCCUAACAAGCCUACAGAUAGGCCUGAGCAAUCUUUCUCGCAGUGGUAUCACUGACCUAACAAGCCUACAGAUAGGCCUGAGCAGUCUUUCUCACAGUGGUAUCACUGUCCUGACAGACCUACUGAAAGCCCUGAGCAGUCUCUCUCACAGGGGUAUUACUGCCCUAACAAACCUACUGAAAGGCCUGAGCAGUCUCUGUCACAGUGGUAUCACUGCCUUAACAAACCUACUGAAAGGUCUGAGCAGUCUCUCACAGUGGUAUCACUGUCCUAACAAACCUACUGAAAGGACUGAGCAGUCUCUCUCACAGUGGUAUCACUGACCUAACACACCUACUGAAAGGCCUGAGCAGUCUCUCUCAUAAUGGUAUCACUGACCUAACAUGCCUACUGAAAGGCAUGAGCAGUCUCUCUCACAGUGGUGUCACUGCCUGGCAAACCUACUGAAAGGUCUGAGCAGUCUCACACAGCAGUAUCAUACAACAGCUUUUGCAUUCACUGUGAGAGAGACUGCUCAGGCCUAUCUGUAGGCUUGUUAGGUCAGUGAUACCACUGUGAGAGAGAUUGCUCAGGCCAAUCUGUAGGCUUGUUAGGAAAGUGAGACAGGGGUCCAGGGAAGUAAAUAGUGUGGGAAGAAAUAGCCAGGGAAUUGUUAUGGCUAGGCUUGUAUAGGCGCUAGGGCUGAUAGCCUAGUACAAUCCUGUGAACCUAUGAACCUAUAAACUAACCAGAAUUGAAGACCAUUAUCCAACUAUACCUCAUCAUACUUGCCGCAACCAAGAAACUGAAUGUGUAUCCAGAUCCAGAGACAUGAGUUGAAUUCUAGACACUCCGCUGUUAGUCUACACUAAAAUCCUAAAAUUAAAGAUAAGUAACAUUUUCUGUGACCGUUGCAAAGUCUUCAGAUAUGUCACACCAGAAAAGAGGCUUACCUAGUCUAACCUCAACUAGAAUACAGCUUUCCUCAUUGCCAAAAAAUGUGUAAAACCUCAAAUCAGCAGAGUCAUUUUAUUCUUCCCUCGCCUCUUUAAAUUCCACGCUAGUUUCUUAAUAGUGCAAGCAAGCUACCUAUCUUUAUUUUCAAAUCUUACAACAUCGUAUCCCCUGUCAUUACAUCCAAGCUAUUAAAAAAAGCCUCUCUCACUCAGAUAUGGUCACAUUCCUGCAAAGAUCCCAAUACUUCUCACACAUUCUCUAGUUUAGGACAAAAGCUACAAGCUACACCCCCUAGCAGCAUAACUAUCCUACUGUUCAAGAAUUUAGAUUAAACUUGUAGCUCAUUUAACCAAAGAGGUAAUCUAUACUUACUUUAAACAAUUUGCAAUAACUGAAAUUUUACAUCGUGUUACUCAGAUUGUAUAAAACCAUCUUUCUCAGCUGACUUGCUAAUGUAUUUUAUAAAUAAUGAUCACAGUGUUACUAACUGAAACAUGGUAGAGAAUCCUUUGUACAAGUUGUUUUCCUUUUUACUGACAAAAACUUAAAACUGUAUUCAGAUCUACCUGUAAAUAAUUUGCUUGUGCUUAUUGUAUUUAUACAACAAAACAUGCAAUGAUCUUUAUUUUUUAGUGUAUUACAUUGUGAACCUUGCACUGUCUCAUUCUCUGUUAAGGUGUUGAAAGUGUUCCAGCAGUGUAACAAGUAGGAAAACAGUUACAUUUACUAACAACGUAAUGUAUUGAGAGUGUUCCAGCAGUGUAACAAGUAAGCAGCAAAAACAGUUACAUUUACUACAAAACGACAUGUAAUGUGUUGUUUCAGCAGUGUAACAAGUAAGCAAAACAAUUGUUAAAUUUACUAGAAAGCAGUAUGUAAUGUGUUGAGUGUUUCAGCAAUGUAAUAAACAAAACUAUUGUUAAAUCUACUACAAAGCAGCAUGUAUUGAGACUGUUUCAGCAGUGUACAAGUAAGCAAAGCUAUUGUUAAAUCUACUAUGCCACACGUGUUGAGAGUGUUGCAUAAAUUUAGUAAUUAAAGCUAUUGAUAAAUUUACUACAAAGCAAUAUGUAAUGUGAGAAUGUUGCAGCAAUGUCACAAGUAACCAAAACUAUUCUUAAAUUUACAAUAAAGCAACAAGUAGUC